UUUCAAUUAUACAAGUGGCCUACCAUAUUGUUCCACUUUUUGACUAUCCAUUUCUUAGACUUUGUUAUAUUAUUUUCAAGUCUUAGGAAUUCUCUUUUAGACUCAAAAUGGCUUGCAAUAUGACAAGAAUCAUCUCCAAAUUCAAGUCUUCUUAUUGCCUUGUUGAUGGUAGCCUUCCCUUGAAUCUUGUUACAAGGAGAGGGUAUUGUGCAACACAAGCAGAAGAAGGGUCGACUAAAAGGGAUCAUCAACAAAAAUUAGUGAAAGAUCAGAGUGUAAGUUCUAUUUCUUCAGAGUCAUCAUGGGUACCAGACCCUGUCACUGGAUAUUACAAGCCUUCAACUCAGACUGAAGAAGGGAUUAUCAACAAACAUAACAACAAGAACACUAACAAACCAUAGUUGAAAGAAAAAAUCCAAAAGGAAAAUGUUACUACUAUGUAUCAAUUCAAUUAUAUAUCUAUAUACUACUAGUAGCUUGAUUGUUGUUUCCUGAUUUGCUGUGUUAUCAUUUAUUUGUUGUUAUUACUUAUUUUUUUUCCCAUUGUUUUCGUAAUGACUUGUUCACAACUGUAUUUUCUUUUCAUACUUAGCUUUAAAAUGCUCUU